GAGCUGAGCGCGGACUCGGAAGGACAUCAAGAUGAAGCUGCUUUUUGUAAUAACCGCCAUUAUAGCAUUUGCUCUAGCAGAUGAAUUCGAAUGGAAUCCACAAUCGAUCGAGGCAGAUCUUUUAGCGUCAGCAUCGGUUGACUCACAAAAGUUGCAAGAAUUUGUUCAGCCAGCUGCUAGUAGAUACAGCUAUGUCCCACCAACGCCAGCUCCACAAAAACCGUGGGUUCCUCCAAAUAAUUACUACCCCGUAAAUCCGCCAACUCAGCAAAAUACCUAUUUCCCAGUUCAAAACGACCCUCCACAGGCUAAUUAUAACUACCAACCCGAAAACACCAACCAAUACCAAACUGAUACCUCAAGUUCGUGGAAUAAACCUAUCCCUAAUGCUCCUUCAAACUCAUGGAACCAAAACAAACCUCAGGAUACAUGGAAUAAUCAACAAAAUACUUGGACCAACCAGCAAAAUACUAAUACUCAAAACACAUGGAACAAGCCCCAAAACACAGGUAAUCAAAACACAUGGACCAACCAGCAAAAUACUAAUACUCAAAACACAUGGAACAAGCCCCAAAACACUGGUAACCAAAACACAUGGAAUAAACCCCAGAAUACAGGAUCUCAAAACAAUUGGAACACAGGCAAUCAGAACAAUUGGAGCAACUGGAAUCAGAAUCCAACCACUGCACCCAGCACCACUACUCCGAUAUCCGUUAUCAAGAACGAACAGAUUUUAGGCGAAAAUGGCAGCUACAAAUACGAAUACGAGAUCGCAGACGGCACUCAUGUCGCUGAAGAGGGCUACGUUAAAAACCCCAAUACCGAACAAGAAACCAUUGUAAAGAAAGGUUUCUACUCCUACACUGGCGCUGAUGGCAAAGUGUAUACUGUUACAUACUGGGCUGACGACACUGGCUUCCACGCGGCAGGAGACCACCUUCCCAAGCCCCCUCCAAUUCCCCCAGCGAUCCAGGCAUCGAUCGAUCAGAACGCAAAGGAGGAAGCAGCCAAAGCUGAAGCUGAGAAAAACAAACCCCAACAGCCACAAGGUUAUCCUCAGGGACAAGAGCCACCGAUGCCAAUAGUUCCCCUGCAACCAAUGCAACCCAUUCAAACUCAGUACCCUCAGCAAACCUACUACCCUCAACAGCAACAGCAACAAACCUAUUACCCCCCACAACAAACAUAUUACCCUCCUCAGUCUUACGGCAAGUAAGGACUUACAAUUUAAAUGACGUAAAAUAAUCUAUAAAUUAUCUUAUAUCAAGAAUUAGAAAACGUUUUUAUGUGAUAGCUACUAAAAUUUGACAAGUUACCUCAACAUAAAAUAAACAUCAGUUAUCUUGGUCACGACGUUUUUUGUGAACUUGAUAGCUGUAAGUGUUUCUGAGCAGUUUGUGAUAAACUCCAGAAACAUG